UCCCACACAGCUCUUUUCACAUGCACCAUCAAAAGACGUGACUUUGCUGUGGACCAGAUACCAACCAGAAUUCACUCUGCCACAUUAGUGACAGCUGGAUUACCUUCCCCUGCAAAGUGGACUACUCUCACAGGCAGUGUGUAUCGAGAUACAGACUGAAAUGGCUCUUUCCAUUUUCCCCACCAGUUUCUGAUGUAGAAUUUCCAAUCAGAGAGUUUGGAGUUACCUCAACACACAAACACAAACACAAACGUACAGCACACACGCGAGAGAGAAUGAGAUCGCCGUAUUUCCCAGCGAGGUCUGUGCUGUUCCACAAGGAGGCCAAUGGAGUGACUUACCGAGUCCCUGCGCUGCUCUACCUGCCCCGCUCCAAGUGCUUCCUGGCCUUCUGUGAGGAGAGACUCAGCCCCUCUGACUCCCAGGCUCACCUGCUGGUCAUGAGGAAAGGCACUUUCUACAGGAACUAUGUGGAGUGGGAGGACAUGCGUGUACUUGGCACCGCUCAUCUUGCAGGCCACCGAUCCAUGAACCCAUGUCCCGUGUAUGAUGAGUUCACCGGUACCCUCUUCCUGUUCUUCAUUGCUGUUCUGGGCCACACGUCUGAGUCCUACCAGCUGGUGACGGGCAAAAACGUGACCCGGCUCUGCUACAUCUCCAGCACUGACAAUGGGGACACCUGGAGUCCUGUCACGGACCUCACCAAGAGGGUAAUAGGGGACACAAUUAAAGAAUGGGCCACUUUCGCCCUGGGCCCGGGCCACGGCAUCCAGCUGAAGUCAGGUCGACUGCUGAUCCCGGCCUACGCCUACCACAUCGACUGUAAAGAGUGCUUCGGCCAGUUCUGCCAGACCACUCCACGUGCAUUCUGCUUCCAUAGCGACACCCACGGGCGAACUUGGCGCUUUGGGGAGCCGGUGCCGGGGCCUGAGAGCGUGGAGUGUCAGAUGGUGUCAGUGGACGAAGAGGACGGGACCAACGUGCUGUACUGUAACGCACGCAGCCCCCUCGGCUGCAGGGUGCAAGCCCUCAGUCUGGAUGAUGGAGCCGUGUUUCAGGAAGGGCAGCUGGUGCAGCGGUUGGUGGAACCUCGAAAUGGUUGUCAUGGUAGCAUCGUGGGAUUCCCUGCACCUAUACAUAUGUGUCAUACCCUUAAACGUCACUUCUCUCUUCACCAUGCCAACUCCAGACACUGGGCACCCUGGGCCACACCAGCAUGUAGCAGUCCCAUCACAACCACAGUGCCACCCAACUCCAACUCCAGUGAAUCCAUCCCAGCCUCCCCGUCUCCCCCCUCUGUCACUCCUACCACUGCCAACCUGGCACCUACACCCACCCAAACUACUACCACCCUAUCACCCAACCACAGUUCCCCUCAGAAUUUCCUCACUCCCACCUGGGUAAUCUACUCCCACCCAACAUGGCCCAAUGCACGUAGGGACCUCGGGGUGUCCCUCAGCCUGUUCCCCCGUGACCCAGACAGCUGGUGUGGCCCCUGGGUGAUCUACGAGGGUCCCAGUGCCUAUUCUGACCUGGCCUAUCUGGAGCUGCCGCCCUCCCCUGGUGCCCCGCCCGCUGUGGCGUUUGCCUGCCUGUUUGAGUGCGGCACCAGAACAGCAUAUGAUGAAAUCUCCUUCAGCAUCUUCACGCUCUACGAGCUGAUCGAUAACCUCCCCCAGAACGUGUCGCUCAAAAGGGACAGUCAGGCCUUUGAAAGACGACAGCAGGAAGCCAGAGAUCCUCAGAAAGGCCAGAGUUGUACCAGCAAACAAGAUGCUCGAAGCACAAGACGUCUCAGAGAGGUGCUUCAUGUGAAGGAGAGAGAGAGGAGCAAGCUGAGUGAGCUGUGCUCUGUGUCUUAAAUAGAGAUUCAAGUGGUAGCAGUCCUUUUUAAAGUGGUAUUCCAGGAUUAUGCCUUAAAUGAUCUCUCUGAGUCCAUCCAUGUUUUAUAGAAUAUUGUGCCUUUUAUAGACAAGAGUUUUAUUUCUACUUGGUAAUGUAAGUAGAGCGACAGUAACUUUACUAUUUUGUAUUUGGUAGUGGUGAGAAGAAAAUUACAUUAUCUACACAGUGAUAAAUUGCCUUUGAG